AUGCAUCGUGCACAUUGCAACUGCUUCCCCUCCUCGCCCCUCCCCUCCUCGCCCCUCCCAUCCUCACCCCUCCCCUCUCCUCCUGCAUGGCUUGUCUGCCAUCGGUCCUGCUUCCUCGCCCACACUCACAUUCAACCGAGUCAACGCCGGUCAACGGGACUUCCGUGCCAUCCACUCACUGCCCUCCCCUCGCCUCGUCUGCCGCUGCCACCACUGCCUGCCGGCGCUGCUUCCUCACCACCAAAACGGCCUGACAGCCAUGUGAGUGAAGGAAGCGGGGGGGGGAGGGGGGGAGUUUGGUGGUGGAGACAUGCAUGUGAGUGUAGAGGGGGAGGAGGGGAGGGGGAAGAGAUAGGCAUACGCGGGCAACAGACUGGAAAUCUCAAGGGCGCCUUGCUUCUCACCAUGAGCGGAGCGAACAUUGCAGCAGCACUGCCAUGGCAUGUGCUGCCUAUGAGUGCUACCACUGCCGCCUGUGCUGCCAGCACAGCACGACUGUCAGCAACCCCUCUUGCGCCCAAUCCCACUUCGCUGCUCAUCCCCCCCCCCUUGCCCAUCCCCCCUUGCGCCCAUCCCCCUUGCGCCCAUUCCCCCGUGAUUGCCUGCGGUCAAUCGAGGCUGCUUGUACUUCCCCCGCGCUCACGCAAACCCACGCUGCUGCGGCAUCAGGCGAAGGUGGACGGGAGGAGCGGCGCAUGUAACAUGCGGAAAGAAGCCGCUCGCCUCGCGGAGAGCGUGGGGGUGCGCGGACAAGCGAAGAGAGAUGGGAGGCGCCAUGAGACGGACGGGGACGAGCGAGAGUAG